ACACCAGAGAAGAAGACAGACCAGUCCAGGCAGAAGGACAUGUGCAAGGAGGAGACCCUGCCACUGCUGGGGGCACACUGACCGCUCAGCCAGCAACUUCUGCAGAACCUCUUGGCUGUCACCACGGCUGCUUUCAUCCUAGGACUGGAGAUAGACCUUAGCUUGGAGUUAUGCAGCUCUGAGCACCGUAUCAUCCCAGCCUGUGACUAAACACUGAAGGAUCUUCCUCCGUGAGCUGCAGGCAUGGACAUCACAGCUCAGCUCUCACGAUCUACUCUGCUUGUGCUGCUUGGAAUUUGCCUCUGCUCAGGGAUUAGCUCCAUAGACCCGGACCGGACUGGUGAUGGCAAGUGUCAAGCCAUAGAAAUCCCUAUGUGUAAGGACAUCGGCUACAACAUGACCAGAAUGCCCAACCUGAUGGGGCAUGAGAACCAGAGGGAGGCAGCGAUCCAGCUCCAUGAGUUUGCCCCCCUGGUGGAGUACGGUUGUCACAGUCACUUAAAGUUCUUCUUGUGCUCCCUGUAUGCUCCUAUGUGCACCGAGCAGGUGUCCACCCCCAUCCCAGCCUGUAGAGUCAUGUGUGAGCAGGCAAGGCUCAAGUGCUCUCCCAUCAUGGAGCAGUUUAACUUCAAGUGGCCAGACUCCCUGGAUUGUAGUAAACUGCCUAACAAAAACGAUCCAAACUACCUGUGUAUGGAGGCUCCUAACAAUGGUUCAGAUGAAGCCCCCAGAGGAUCUAGCAUGCUACCUCCAAUAUUCAGGCCACAGAGACCCAGCAGUGGACUUGACCCACAGCCCAAGGAUCUCCCCAACAGGAAAACCUGUGAGAACUCAGGAAAGUUCCACCAUGUGGAGAAGAGUGCUUCUUGUGCACCCCUAUGUACCUCUGGAGUAGAUGUUUUCUGGAGCAAGGGUGACAAAAAGUUUGCCUUUAUCUGGAUUGCUAUUUGGUCUAUCCUAUGCUUUUUCUCCAGUGCUUUCACUGUGCUUACCUUCCUGAUAGAUCCUCAGCGUUUCAAGUAUCCCGAAAGGCCUAUUAUAUUCCUGUCCAUGUGCUACUGUGUGUAUUCUGUAGGAUACAUUAUCCGCCUGUUUGCUGGAGCAGACAGUAUAGCCUGUGAUAGAGACAGUGGGCAGCUCUAUGUCAUCCAGGAGGGUCUAGAGAGCACUGGCUGCACUAUAGUGUUCCUCAUUCUCUACUACUUUGGUAUGGCCAGCUCCUUGUGGUGGGUGAUUCUGACACUGACCUGGUUCUUGGCUGCAGGGAAAAAAUGGGGACAUGAAGCUAUUGAGGCCAACAGUAGCUAUUUCCAUUUGGCUGCCUGGGCUAUCCCAGCUGUGAAGACCAUCAUGAUCCUGGUAAUGAGGAGAGUAGCUGGUGAUGAGCUCACAGGCAUUUGUUAUGUUGGCAGCAUGGAUGUCAAUGCUUUGACGGGCUUUGUGCUCAUUCCCUUGGCCUGCUACCUCAUCAUUGGCACUUCUUUUAUUCUCUCUGGCUUUGUGGCUCUUUUCCACAUUAGGAGAGUCAUGAAAACUGGAGGGGAAAACACUGACAAGCUGGAGAAACUAAUGGUCAGGAUUGGGGUCUUUUCUGUCCUUUACACAGUCCCUGCCACUUGUGUCAUUGCUUGCUAUUUCUAUGAGCGACUUAACAUGGACUACUGGAAAAUACUUGCCACACAAGAUAAGUGUAAACUCAACAGUCAGACGAAAACCUUGGAUUGUACAAUGACAAACUCUAUUCCGGCUGUAGAAAUUUUUAUGGUAAAAAUAUUUAUGCUACUAGUUGUGGGUAUAACCAGUGGGAUGUGGAUAUGGACUUCUAAAACCUUACAGUCUUGGCAAAAUGUUUUCAGCAAAAGGUUAAAGAAAAGGAGCAGGAGAAAACCUGCAAGUGUCAUCACAAGUACAGGAAUCUACAAAAAGACUCCGCACCUGCAAAAACUUCACCAUGGAAAGUAUGAAUCUGCCUUGCAGCCCCCCACCUGUGUAUGAGAAGGGGCCUAUGUACUGCGCAGAUUGGCCAUCCCAGCUAGAAACUUGUUUUAUUAAUCACAAUGCAGCAAGCCAAGGUAAAUCCAUAAGGAAACUUGUGAUAUCUUAGAGUUCUGCCUAAUAGCUGUGGCCAGGGUUUUGUCUUAUAAAUCCUGAGUGGUGUUGAAUUUUUAUGGACUAGUUAUCUCAGAGAAAACAAGAAGCUUCUUGUAUGUAUCUGGGAACUAAUAGCUACUGAAAUGCUUGAAAAUACAAAUUAAUUAUUCUUAUUUUUGUACAAUCCGGCUCCACUGGUUGAAUAGAUUUUUGUCAUUACUUAAGAGGUUGACCUCUUGCCCUCCUUGGCCCUCAAAGGCAAACUGUUCCUCUAAAGACAUAAUCAUAGUGUUUAGUUCUGUCACUGGGAAAUAAUGUGCAAUAUUUCUUUUUCCCCACUACUUAAAAAAAAAAUAAAAAAAGAGAAACAUGUAUGUUUCUGCAAAGAGGGCAACAAAAGAGGCUUCUUGACAAAAGAACUGAGGCCUCCGUCCCUUUAGUCUUACCCUGUGGCUUUUUAAUGGAAAUCAAGCCAAAUGUUAUACACGUUGGGA